AUGCCUCGUGGUCAUAAGAGCAAGCUCCGUGCUAAGGAGAAACGCCGCCAAAACAAAGCUGAGAACCAAGAUGUUAAGAAUGCUGAGGCCCCUGCAGGAGAGGAAGGAGAGGCUGCUUGCUCCUCUUCCAUUUUGGGGGAAGGUCCCUCAACCUCCACUGGUGCUGGCACUCUCCAGGCACCUCAGGGUGCCCCAGCCACGACCAGUGCCGCUGCAGGUGCUUCCUGUGAAAGAUCUGCUGUAAAAGCUAAAUGCCAUGUUAGGAAAAGUAAAAAUUCCUCCCAGAUCUCAACUUCCACUGAGAUCUGUGGCCUAGAUCUUAUAAGUAAGAAGGUGAUUCUGUUGGUAGAGUACCUGCUGUAUCAAUAUACAGUGAAUGAGCCCAUUAAAAAGGGAGACAUGCUGAAGAUCAUCCACAAAUGGUACAGAAAGGACUUCCCUGAGAUCCUCAAGAAACUCUCUGAGCACAUGGAUAUGGUCCAUGGCCUAGAAUUGAAAGAAGUCAAGCCCAACGGUAACUACUACACUCUUGUGGAUAGUCAAGAUGACACCAGCAACGGGAAUCUGGGCAGCGGCUUCAGAUUUCCUAAGAAAGGGAUCCUGAUGCCUAUCCUGGCUGUGAUCUUCUUUAAUGGCAACCGCACCUCUGAGGAGGAGAUCUGGGAAUUCCUGAAUAUGAUGAGCGUCUAUGAUGGAAAGAGUCACUUCAUUUUUGGGGAGCCCAGGAAGCUUAUCACCCAAGAUUUGGUGCAGGAAGGAUACCUGCUGUACCAGCCAUUGCCCAACAGUGAUCCUCCACGCUAUGAGUUUCUAUGGGGUCCAAGAGCCUAUGCUGAAACCACCAAGAUGAAAGUCCUCGAGUUUUGGGCCAAGUUUAAUGAUACCGUGCCCAGUGCCUUCAUAACCCAAUAUGAAGAAGCUGUGAAAGAUGAGGAAGAGAGGGCCCGUGCUGCACUCAAGGCUGCCGCUCCUUCCAAAGACAGUAGGUGCUCCAGGGACAUGUCGAAGCACAACCCACAGCCUGAGUGA